AUGUACAUUCUCGGCAAGUUCUGCUACUAUCCAUCCGUAGCAUACGGCUUGCCUGUGAGUUCUGCUCCGUCCUUGAAAUCCAAUGAGACCAAGCACAUAGAAGCAGAUGACUACCACAAGAUGAUGUCCGAACCGAACACCGUCAUCAUCGAUGUAAGAAAUAGAUACGAGACGGAGAUCGGGCACUUUCAACCCCCACGUGGCGGCGCAGAGUUCGUGGAUCCGAAGGUGCGCAACAGCCACGAACUCCCGAAAUGGCUGGGGCUGCCAGAGACACAGGACAUGCUCAAGGGCAAGAAAGUGAUGAUGUAUUGCACCGGAGGAAUCCGCUGUGAGCGCUUCUCCGCGCUGAUGUCCCAAUUGAAGCAGGACAACCCUGAGUUCGAAACAGAAGGGGAGUUCAUGCUGCGAGGUGGGAUCGAGCGGUACGUGCGAACCUUCCCCGAAGGCGGCUACUGGAAGGGCAAGAACUUCCUCUUCGACAAGCGCCAGGAGCAGAUUCCGGAGAGAAAGCCUUCGGAGGAGACCGAGAAGGAGGUUGAGAGCCGCUGCUGCGUUUGCAAACGCAUCUGGGGGCUUUACCGCGGGCAGUUCAAAUGCUCCGUGCAGGACUGUCAGGUGCCCGUCAUUGUGUGCCCAGACUGCCGCUCAGAGAUUGAGACCGGGCAGAAAGUCCCAGAGCUGCAGUGCCCGCUCUGCGAGGAGGGCUUCAGGCUGCGGGACCUCCACACACCCGCCCUGAAGCCAGCCGAGAAGCGGAAGGCAGCAUCCGCUCCGGCCGGUGUUGCAGAGCGCGCGGUGAAGCGCAGAGCCAAGCAUCAGGGCAAAGCGCCUUCGCAACGACUCUUCGUGGGAAGCAUGCCUCUGGCAGUCGAUGCAACGAUGGUGCGUGAUGCACUCGGGAAAGGUGUAGAAAUCGUCCAGUGGAUCCAUGACAAGACCACCGGUUUCUGGUAUGGGUCCAGCUUUGUGAAGAUGGCCACCCUAAGAGACGCUGAAAGGGUGGUCGAGGCUGCAGGCAGCCUACGAAUAGGCAAGCGAAAGCUGCGCAUCAAUUUCGCACCGGUGCCAGAUGGGGAGUCUUGGCCUCCCCCUGGUUUUGAGCAGGUGGAGCGACCACCGGUUCCGGUUUAA